GAACUCCGCGGGGAGGGGCACUUCACUUCCCGUAAUUACGAGUGGAUACCGACCGUCAUCAGACGAGAGGAGCAGAUCCGAAUUGAAUUUCAACGAUUAAUACCAUAACGGAGGAGGUAACCAUGGCAACGAGGGGUCAUUCCUCAUGUUCCUCGAUGAGUAACCACACCAAGGAGAGAGUGAACAUGGCUAUGGUGACCCUGGAGAACUUCUACUGUAACCUGAUAGACCAGCAUGAGGAGAGAGAGAUGAGGCAACAGAAGCUGGAGAUGGUGAUGGAGGAGGAGGGGCUGCCUGAUGAAGAGAAGCGUAUUCGGCGCUCCCAGCACGCGCGUAAGGAGACAGAGUUCCUGAGGCUGAAGAGAACCAGGCUGGGAUUGGAUGACUUUGAGUCCCUCAAGGUGAUUGGUCGAGGAGCUUUUGGAGAGGUGCGUCUGGUCCAGAAGAAGGACACAGGCCACAUCUACGCCAUGAAGAUCCUGCGCAAGGCUGACAUGCUGGAGAAGGAACAGGUGGGCCAUAUCCGGGCUGAGAGGGACAUCCUGGUGCAGGCAGACAGUCUGUGGGUGGUCAAGAUGUUCUACAGCUUCCAGGACAAGAUUAACCUCUACCUACUCAUGGAGUUCCUACCUGGAGGUGACAUGAUGACAUUGCUGAUGAAGAAGGAUACUCUGUCAGAGGAGGAGACUCAGUUCUAUGUGGCUGAGACAGUACUGGCCAUAGACUCUAUACACCAGAUGGGCUUCAUACACAGAGACAUCAAACCUGACAAUGUACUGCUGGACUCUAAGGGCCAUGUGAAGCUGUCAGACUUUGGCCUGUGUACAGGGUUGAAGAAAGCCCAUCGGACAGAGUUCUACAGGAACCUCAACCACAGCAUCUCCAAUGACUUCACAUCUCAGUACAUGAACUCCAAGAGGAAAGCAGAGACUUGGAAGAGGAACAGACGCCAGCUGGCAUUCUCCACUGUGGGAACUCCAGACUACAUUGCCCCAGAAGUGUUCAUGCAGACUGGAUACAACAAGCUCUGUGAUUGGUGGAGCCUGGGGGUCAUCAUGUAUGAGAUGUUGAUUGGCUACCCCCCUUUCUGUUCAGAGACGCCCCAGGAAACCUAUAAGAAAGUGAUGAACUGGAAGGAGACUCUGGUGUUCCCUCCAGAAGUACCUAUCUCAGAGAGGGCCAAGGAUCUCAUCCUCAGGUUCUGCUGUGAGGGAGACCAUCGGAUCGGGGCGACAGGAGUGGAGGAGAUCAAGAGAAACCUGUUUUUUGAGGGAGUCGAUUAUGACCACAUCAGGGAGAGACCUGCAGCGAUCCCCAUUGAGAUUAAAAGCAUCGACGACACGUCAAACUUCGACGAGUUCCCUGAGUCAGACAUCCUUUCACCCACAGCUGCAGCAGCUCCCACCAAGUCCCCAGCAGCAGCAGCUGCAGCAGAGGCUGACUAUAAGAAUAAGGACUGGGUCUUUAUCAACUACACUUACAAGCGCUUUGAGGGCCUGACAGCCAGGGGAGCCAUCCCUUCCUACAUGAAGGGAAGUAAGAGAUGAACUGUGACCCAAUAACUUGCACUGCAAUGGCCCCCUGAACCCCUCACCUCCCAGCAACACCCCUCACCUCCCAGCAACACCCAGCAACACCCCUCACCUCCCAGCAACACCCAGCAACACCCCUCACCUCCCAGCAACACCCCUCACCUCCCAGCAACACCCAGCAACACCCCUCACCUCCCAGCAACACCCCUCACCUCCCAGCAACACCCCUCACCUCCCAGCAACACCCCUCACCUCCCAGCAACACCCAGCAACACCCCUCACCUCCCAGCAACACCCCUCACCUCCCAGCAACACCCAGCAACACCCCUCACCUCCCAGCAACAUCCAGAUGUCUUCACUUCACUGUUCUAUUUCAUAUUACCACAAAUAUGAAAAAAGCUAAAUCUCAGUUUAUUUCAACAGUUCAGUUAAACUGUGUUCAUGGGGUAAGUAUAUUCCCUGCAGGCCUCCUGAACCAGGAUUCAUUAUAGCCGGUGAAUAAAUGGUUGUGACCACUGUUUGACCUUUCUGCGAAUGUAAAACUUGAUCUUAGAAACCGGGAUAGCAGCUUUGAUUGAGUAGGACCCAAUGUCUCAAAGCUGAAGCCUAACUCUAACCUUCCCAGCAGCACUGAACAGCCGUAGAGCCGCCCCCUUUGUGCCCCUCCAGAACCUUCUCCCUAUUCCUCUCCUCAACCAGUCAGACUGUUCAUAGGAAAACGUCUCUACUGUUCUCUGGGAGCUGGCAGGUUCCCAGCAGUCUGUAUCACUUCCCCUGUGAUGUCAUCAGAUCACUGCUUGCCUUCAAGGGAGGAGUUAGACGAUUGCUAUUUUAGGGUUCUAUUUUGGGGAUUUUUGUGAUGUCACCAGUUAGUGAGUGAGAAUUUUCAACAAAGGACAGAAAAUUCCAUCGUGGUCUUGCUACUCCUCUAGAAAUAUAAGCAAGAACCACUUCUCCUUUACUGCCUUUGUUGUGCCCAGUUAUUUUUCUUCUCUAAUUUUGUAUAAUACAGACAUUUUCAAUAAGGUUGAUUCUAAAUGCUGUUGGAUUGAAAUAGUAUUAGUUUUCAGGGAUAUAACUAAUGCUGGUUGUGUGUGUAUGUUGAGCUGUCUGAAUCUGCCUUUACCCAAAGAACUACAGGAGCUGUACAGUAGUUUAACAUUUGAAUCCCCCUUCUUUAAUGUCAAGUUGUUUCAUUGCAUGAUGGAAAGAUCUGGACUUUCGCUCUCACAACUUACUUACUUGAUUUUUUUUACAGCCGGACUUUCUAAAGCUGGUAUUUAAAGAAAGGAUUCUUAUUUUAGUCUUCAGUUUUUUUCCAUCUAGUAUUUUUAACUCACAAAGGUACCACUGUUUUAUGAAUAAUGCUGGUUAUUCAUGAAUUUCGUGUACAUUUUAGAACUUCCCUAAAUAUGGAAUUUCAACUUUCAUAUAUCUGUGUUUAUAGCACUUUCAGGUGUGUGUGUGUGUGUGUGUGUGUGUGUGUGUGUGUGUGUGUGUGUAAACUUGUUCUCACUUUACUAGAGUAACUACAGGAGACUUUACUAGAGUAACUAGUAAAUCAUCUAAUUACUAUGCCAUCUGGUAGUAGUACAGCUAUGGAACACUAACCAUUUGUUCAAAGUCUUAGAAUUUUCAAGAGAAUACAAUGCUAAGUGCUAUGUAACUUCUUAUGCUUAAAGGUCAUUACAAAAGGUAAUUCCCAUAUAGUUACCCUUUAGUAAUACCUUUGUAAAGUGUCCUUUCCAGAUGGACGACUGAAUGACGUUAAAGUGUAGUUUUCUACUAAUUCUAGUUUUGACUCGAGUGCUUUAAGGUGUUUUUAUUGCCGGAGAAGUAAGCCCUGAGCAGCUGCUUAGAAUGAUAGACAAACCGGCUGCGUUUACACAGGCAGCCCAAUUCUGCUAUUUUUUUCACUAAUUAGAUCAGCUCUGAUAUUGAUUUGAUGUGAAAAGAAUCUGAUGUGAUUGGUCAAAAGACCAAUAAGUGGAAUAAAGAUACCAAUUGGGUUGCCUUUGUAAAUGCAGCCUUACUACUGUAGUGCUGUUUGAAAAGGUACAUGUGACAAACAGGCGGUACAUUACUUUCCAUUAUGUCUGCUGAUGUGUUUAACAGAUAUCCAUAUGCAAAUGACUACAUGUAUAAACCGCAAUCAUUUCUCUCUGCUGGAUGACACAUGCAGUAUACUAUGCAUAGAUGUGAGUGUGUGUCUUAUUGAAUACUUCUAUGAGGUUUUGAAUGUUUUCAGCUCAACCACAUUUCUCUGCAAAGAAAAAAGCUUUAAAUGCUAAAAUGAUAUCAUCAUUCAAUAAAAGUUUCUUACAACUCUGUG